AGUAAGGAUUUUAAAGUUGUGGAAUCAGACAUCGCCGAUCUUUGCGCAUUUGACAUUAAGUGCAGAGGUUCAUUAACUGUCUUGAAUAUGAAGGGCUUCUCGGGCCUUACGAUUAUUAUCUUACUGGGUGUCUGCUCAGGACUUUGCUGCGGCUCAAGUUGUGCGAACUUCACUUUUCCGAACUUUCUGGACAUCGGCAAGUGCCUGAAGAAAUCUGGAGAUCUGUGCACCGCGAAAACGGACGGUAUCGCUGAAUUCUUGUCUGACCUCGGAAGGUGCGUAUUCCAAGGCCUGGCCAACUUCGAUCUGCCAUCUCAAGUUUAUUUGCUCUCCGAGUAUGUCAAGUACCUGCUGGCGAGAAAUGAUUUCAGUAACGGGUCAUCGUUUCUCAAGGACCUUUGCAAGUUCAUCGAACAAGUAACAGGAGGUUUAGUCAAGUUAUGCAGCUCCGUGAAGUUUAGCAAUAAGGCGGUGUGUGGCAAGCCCAUUGACAUCAGGCUUGUAACGAGCACCCCUUUCGCCCAGUGCUUGAAGGAUACUGGACUGACGUGCGUCCAAAACAAGCCAGUGGAUGAGCCAGCGUUGCUCGGAGCCCUCAGAAUUUUGGCGUGUCUCGUGAGCUAUGUUUUCACAACCGCUCCCAUCGCCAUUGUGACACAGCUUGCCUGCGACUUCGUGACCUUCUUUGCCAGAAUAUUUGGACCGACUGGCUACAUCGUCCUCAGACCUUUUCUCUGCGCGUUUGUAAAGGGCCUGGGUAUCACAUGUCCCACGAUAAAAUGCUAGAGUCGGCACUGUAUGCCAUCGCUCUGCAUAACAAUUUGCAUCCGCGACUGAAAUAAAGAUGUGGUAGUCUUUCAGCGGAA